AUGGCGGCACAGAACUCUUGGCCUAUCUUCCAGCUGGAUGUGAAGUCUACGUUUUUACAUGGUGAGUUGCAGGAACAGGUUUAUGUUGAGCAGCCAUCAGGCUAUGUUCAACUAGGGAAGGAAAAACAAGUUUACAGGCUUAAAAAAGCUUUAUAUGGGCUGAAGAAAGCUCCCAUAGCCUAG